AAAUGGAAUGCAUUCUUUACCACUCUCUAUGCAAGGUCUGUAGAAGGUUAAUGGGUACAAGCUAUCCUUGCCUAAAAGGUCAAGAUGGUUAUAAAACCUUAAUAUUGGAGGAGUUAAAAGUUUCAACUUAAUUUUAACUCCUCCAAUAUUAAGGUUUUAAAACCAUCUUUGACAUUUUGACACUUUAAUGUGAAAUGAGGCAACAAAAUCAGAACCAUGUUGAUUUUCAGCAACUAAAAACUAUUAGAUGGUUUUAAAAAAAAAAUGCAUGAUGUGUGAACUGAAACAACAAAUCAGACUUAUAAACAUGCUGUCCUUUACAGUCUCGACACAAGGUGUCACUACUGGCUCCCUGAAUGCACUUGACUGAAGCGAUAACGCACUGGUUUCUGCCGUUCAGUCGGAGGACGACGAUGUCUGUGACAGUGCGGUUAGCCAAUCACAGGGCAGGAUAUUUUCCCUAUGGCCAAUCACAGCCCAUGUGGAGGUACACCUCCACGACACCUCCCCCCACUGGGAAGACGGGGAACAGGAUUCAUUUCAGCACCUGGAACUGUCCUCGAACCGGUCAGCGCCUGACGGUGAGGAUGGCCAAAGUGAAGCAGGUGGGUCUGCUGGCCGCAGGCUGUCAGCCCUGGAAUAAAGAUGUUUGUGCAGCCAGUGGGGACAGAUUCGCCUAUUGUGCUACACUGGCCAUCUACAUCUACCAGCUGGACCAGCAGUACAACGAAUACAAGCUGAGGUCCAUCAUGUCCGAGCACAAGAAGACGAUCACAGCCAUUAGCUGGUGCUCCAACAACCCUGACCUCUUUGCGUCGGCCUCCGCUGACAACCUGCUCAUCGUGUGGAACGUGGCCGAACAGAGAGCCGUGGCCCGACUGGACAACACGAAAGGUGUGCCCACAUCAGUCAGCUGGUGCUGGAACUCUGCUGAUGGUGUGGCCUUUGUGUCCCAACGUGGUCCGCUGUACAUCUGGGUCUACGGUGGUUCUAACCCUGGACUCACCGUCCAUAAAGAAGCCCACUCCUUCCUGUCAGACAUCUGCCUCUUCCGGUGGCACCCCUCUAAGAAAGGCAAACUGGUGUUUGGACAUACGGACGGAAGUUUGUCCAUUUUUCAACCAGGCAGUAGAAGUCAGAAGCACGUGCUUCGCCCAGAGUCGUUGGAAGGAACAGACGAGGAAGAUCCUGUCAGUGCCUUGGAGUGGGAUCUCCUGUCCACUGACUAUUUACUUGUGUCAAACCUCCACAAUGGAAUCCGGCUGGUGGACAGUGAGGCGUUGACCUGCAUCACGUCCUUCUGCUUCCCCUCAGCUGCUGCCUCAGUUCAGUGUCUGGCCUGGGUUCCAUCAGCACCAGGAAUGUUCAUCACUGGAGAUUCUCAGGUGGGAGUUCUGCGGGUGUGGAACGUCUCACGUUCCACUCCAUUGGACAGCUUCAAACUGAAAAAGAAUGGAUUUCAUGCCUUACAUGUCAUCAACUCACCCCUGGCCAAGAAAGUUCCAAGUUCUUGCUCUCCCAGUAAAAGUCAGCACACCAGCUCCACCAGCGAGGCCGUUCCUCCUCCUUCCCAGAACCGCUCAUUCUCCCUGCCCCCUGGUCACGCAGUUUGCUGCUUCAUGGAUGGCGGCGUGGGACUUUAUGACAUGGGUGCCAAAAAGUGGGAUUUCCUGCGAGAUCUGGGUCAUGUGGAAACUAUCUUUGACUGUAAGUUCAAACCAGAUGACCCUAACCUGCUGGCCACGGCCAGCUUUGAUGGAACAAUAAAAAUAUGGGACACAAACACACUGACGGCUGUCAACACUUCUCCUGGGAAUGAAGGCGUGGUCUACUCUCUGUCAUGGGCUCCAGGCGAUCUGAACUGCAUAGCAGGGGCCACGUCUCGUAACGGUGCCUUCAUCUGGGAUGUGAGGAAAGGGAAGAUAAUCACUCGCUUCAACGAGCACGGUAAAAAUGGAAUAUUCUGCAUAUCCUGGAGCCACAAGGAUUCUAAGAGGAUUGCCACAUGUAGCGGAGAUGGAUUCUGCAUCAUUCGCACCAUUGAUGGAAAAAUCCUUCACAAGUACAAACAUCCUGCGGCUGUUUUCGGCUGUGACUGGAGUCAGAACAACAAGGACAUGAUAGCAACAGGCUGCGAGGAUAAAAAUGUCCGCGUCUACUACCUGGCCACCAGCUCUGACCAGCCUUUGAAAGUCUUCACCGGACACUUGGCCAAGGUUUUCCACGUGCGCUGGUCUCCGCUCAGAGAGGGAAUCCUGUGCUCUGGAUCAGAUGACGGCACCGUUCGUAUAUGGGACUACACACAGGACGCCUGCAUCAAUGUUUUGAGUGGUCACACAGCUCCAGUGAGAGGCCUGAUGUGGAACACAGAGGUGCCAUAUCUGCUCAUCUCAGGUUCUUGGGAUUAUACGAUCAGAGUGUGGGACACCAGAGAUGGCACCUGUCUGGACACGGCCUACGACCAUGGAGCUGAUGUCUAUGGUCUGACUUGUCACCAGAGUCGUCCUUUCACCAUGGCCAGCUGCAGCAGAGACAGUACCGUCAGACUCUGGUCUCUGACUCCUGUCGUUUCCCCUCUGCUCCUCAACAUCCUGACAGGGCAGCCGUGGGAGAAGAUCAUUGGAAACACAGACACCGCCAUGGUUCCUGGGUCUCCUCCUCUGCUCUGUGGUAAAGUGUCGAGAGACAUCAAACAGGAGCUGGACAAACUGAGCGCAGACAUCAGUUCCAAAAGGCUGCGCUGGUUCUCCGAAUGCUUUUCGCCACCAGGAGGCAGCAGCAACCUGUGGGACUUGGUCUCCGUCAUUAACGGCCAGGACGACUCUCUUCUGCCAUGCAGCUACAGUAAAGGAGUGAUGCACAUGAAGCACCUACUCAAGUUCAAAACUUCGGAGGCUCAGGAGCUGACAAUCGUCAAGAUGUGUAAAUUUGGAGGAGGAAUCGGAGCUCCCAGUAAAGAGGAGAGACUUAAGGAGGCAGCGGACAUCCACCUGAGACUGGGACAAAUUCAACGAUACUGUGAAUUGAUGGUGGAGCUGGGACAGUGGGAGAAAGCCUUAGCUGUGGCUCCUGGUGUUUCCAUGAAAUACUGGAAGAAGCUAAUGCAGAGGAGGGCAGAUCAACUCAUGGCUGAAGAUAAUGACGAUGCUAUCCCAUACUGCAUUGCCACAGCAGACGUCAAAAAGCUGGUAACAUUCUUCAGUGGCCGAGGACAACUGCUGGAGGCCUUACUUAUCGCACAGGGAGCAUGUGAAGGAAACAUUCGUGCCCCUCAGACCUCCCCUGUCAACCACACAACUAACGACGUGGACACCGUACAGUACCAGAGUCUGCUACACAGGGUCUGUAAAGAAUUGGCCGAGUGGUAUUUUCAGGACGGCUGCUCUGUCCUCGCUGCAUGUUGUCACCUAGCUGUGGACAACAUUAAGAUGGCCUUGUGCACCCUGAUCAGAGGUAAUGAGCUGGAGCUGGCUUCAUGUGUCGGCAUCGUUCUGGGAGAAGCCGCCCGUCAGACCACCGCGUACUGCCUUGAACUGUUGGCUAGGAAGUACAUGACCACGCACACAUGGGAGCUGUCUGCUAAUCUCCUGCAAAUGAUUCCAGAUAAUCAGGUUUUAUUGGCUAAACUGUGUUCUCUUUACCCUGGAAGUCCAGCCGAAAUCAAUCACUUGCACGAACGGUGUGGUCUCCCUCCAUCAGAGGAGUGUAAGGCCUUGGCAGAGGCAGCCAUGUCUGAAGGAGACUUAUUUUCGGCAGUUAAAUUUCACCUCCUCAGUCCUGAGCCUGAGAAUGCACUGCAGUUGGGGAUCGAUCACAUCAAAGAGCAGCUGAGUGGAUCUGAUUGGACGGUGGACAGCGUUCAUCACAUCCUUGACCUGAUGAGCUACAUCCGAACGGAUCGUCUCAUGAUGUCCAAGCUGACAGAAGCUCGCAGUGAGCUGCUGAUCCUGUGCGGUUAUACCGGAGCCCUGCUGGCCAUCAGAAGACAGUACUCCAGCAUUGUACCUGCACUUUAUGAAUAUACCAGUCAGCUGCUGAAGCGCAAGGAGGUGUGUGUUCCUCUGAAGAUUGAGCAGCUGUCGGUGGAGCUGGAGGCCUGGCGAGCUUGUACACAGAGCCACAGCAAUGCACCAUCGGAGAGUCAGAAGGAGGAGUUCAACAGCCUACAGAGGAGGAUUCAGCCAUCCGACUCUGCUGUGUUAGUCCUCCGUGGGGCCGAUUACGUGACGGGCUCCAACCUACCGAGCCAUUCUGACGUCCAGCUGUCCUGCUUCACUGGACAGAGAAUACAGGGCCCGGUGUUUCUCUUGGAAGAUGGGAAAUCAGCAAUCUCCCUGAAUGACGCUCUAAUGUGGGCCAAGGUCAACCCCUUCUCUCCUUUGGGAACCGGACUUCGCAUUAACCCCUUCUAGCAUCUGGAGGCGUUAAAUACUAGGGAAAUGUUUACAGACUGAAACGGAAGGGGAAAAAAAAAAUUCCGAUGAAGUGUAGUAAUGGAAAAAAAAAAGAAAAAUCACAAUAGCGGAAAAUUACAUUCUUGUGCUUCAGGCGACCGGUCAACUGUAUUUAUAGAAACAACUGAGCCGACAUCUGUAUGUGGUGACAUCACACUGUACCUUCACGACUCCACGAAGACAUCAAUUUGUUCAGGACGGUACCUGGAACGUGUUAGCGUGGUGAAGGCUUCCUGGGGGAGGGGUCAGGGGGAGGGUAGCUUGCCUCGUUUCCUUGAAAACAGGGUAUUCUCAUCUCAUGCUGUAAAAUAAACGAGGAGGAAAUAGAAAAAAAAAAACCCUUAUCUGUUUCUGUCACAUUUAACGACACGAAAUGGUUCAGUUUUGUCCGACGUGGAAUCUGUUUAUGUCGUCCGUUCGUACAAUCUUACGGGAUCUGGUUUAUUUCACCGUCAUCGCAGACAUGACGAAUGUCAAAAAAAAAAAAAAAUGAAGCACAGAAGAUAAUAUCAAAUAUGUGAGGUCAUGGGGUGAUUUCAUACUUUUAAUUUGAAAGGGUUUCAGUAGACAGAAAUGAUUGUAAAGGUUAACAUUCAACUUCAUGUGUUCAGUUAGAGGUACUAAUAAAUACUGUAUGAUGUCAUCUAUGUCUACCUGCCUGACAACUAAUUGACAAUCAUAUUGCAGCAUCAACGCCAAUAUCUGACAGGGCUUAUUACCAUAAAGAAAAUGAGACGAACACAGCUUUGGUUUGAAUGUACAUUGUGGUUU